AUGCACCAGCCGGAGAAAAAAUCGCCGACCGCCUACCAUGAUUGGUCUAGCCGCGGUACCUCGACGAUCGUCUCCAGCUACAAGUUCUCGACUCCAAGUAUACUGGAUCCCGUAGACAAUCUCAUUGACAGUGAGACACUGAAUGCGAAAGCGUUGAAAGAAAAAGGCAUCGACACCAUGGUUGAAGAGGCGAGGAAAAGUACUGCCUCGGAAAGCGAUGCUGACUAUCUCCGGAAAACGUGA